AUGUUUCUUCGUCAACUUGACCUGACGACUGCUCUUCGUCCAUCUCUACUACCAGACGAGACUUUGUUGUUUGUUCAGGACUCGGUCGGUCUCUAUGAAGGCAAAUACAAAAUACCCAACUAUCAAAAUGGCCACGCAUACUUGACCUCGCAUCGCAUAUGCUACGUCGAUAAUCAGGAGCCGCGAAAGUUUUCCAUCGCCAUUGACCUCAAGGAUGUCGAUAGACCAGAGUUCUAUGCUGGAUUCCUAAAGUCAUCAGCGAAAAUCACUUUAUACCCGAAAGCUCCAAAACAUAAUGCCUUGGCUAUCAGGAGUCCAAAGCCUGGUUAUUCGAGUCCGGGUAGUUUGCUAGGUUCCACGCCGCCGAGUCGAUAUCCCACACCAGGGCGCGCUGCUGCGCCUUCACCGGCGCCCGUAAGGGAUCCAAAUGCUACUUGGAUCUGUCCUAUAUGUUCAUUUUCGAAUCCUGUCCCAUCCAACUUUGACCCAAGCACCGCGAAUGAUAGAACACCUCUAGCACCGUGUCUUGCUUGUGGUAUCAAACCUCCUCUAGUCCAUGUCGUCAAAGCAGCCAUCGCUGCUUUGUCAAAUCGGCCAAGCGGUUCGUCCUUAGCACCUACACCUGCGUCCACACUAUCACCUUCACCACAAUCGACACAGACACCGGUGGACGUGUCCUUGAAUCAAUGUCCAAGAUGCACCUUCUCAAACCACCCCUCUCUCACUACCUGUGAGAUCUGCGGAGCAAAACUCUCAAGCUCAGCAGAUAGACGCUCACAAAUAAUCGAAAGCGCAACCACUCGCCCUGAAUCCCCAGGUCCAUCUCUUCCAACCUCAGUUCUAGGCGAAGCUAUACCAGAGAGUGUCAAGUUAUCGUUCCGUGCUGGCGGUGACAAGAUCUUCUACGACCGUUUGAAGGGCGCCUUGAUACAACGAAAAUGGCUUCUUCAGAACGCACCUCCAAUACCGAGAUCCAACACCGGAGAGCCGAACCUGACUUCAGCGUACUCGGCAACAGAUGGCUAUACACCGACGCCUCCACCUCCAAAAGUCGUCGGUAUAGCAGGCUUGGAGCGGCGGGGAGCAGAACUACGCAAAAAUAACGAAUUUGUCAUCGGCAGUGCAUUUGAAGACUUGGAAGCCCUCAUGACAUCGGCAAAAGAAGUCAUUGCCAUGGCCGAACGCUUCAGGUCGCAAAAUAGCAACGGCAACAGCGAUACCGAAAACGAUGCAAAUGCAGAAGCAGCCUCUCUACUCUCAGACAUGGGUCUCGUAACCACAAAAGACAUGCUCUCAGGCAGCGGCGCCGAUCGCACCUACAUCGCCGAACUCUCCCGCAACCUAGCAGAGUUUCUCACCGAUGACAAAAGAGGCGUGUUACGUAGAGAAGGCGGCAUCAUAUCCCUAGUCGACCUCUGGGCAGUCUUCAACCGCACACGCAAUGGCAUCGAACUAGUUUCUCCCCGCGACUUUGAAAAAGCAGCUACAAUGUGGGAUACACUACGCCUACCCAUCCGUCUUCGCCGCUUCAAGAGCGGUCUCCUCGUCGUGCAGGGCCGUGACCGCACCGACGACAAGACAGUUGCCAGCAUCCUAUCCUGGCUCAAAGACCUACACUCCAUCCCCCCUUCCAUGUCAAACACUUCCGAAUUCGGCGCCGUAACAGGCCCCUCAGUAACCUGGGACUGGCAAACCUUCGGCCGCGGCGUCACAGCCCAAGAGACAGCAGAGAGAUUUGGUUGGAGCGUCGGUGUAGCAACAGAAGAGCUCGAAAUGGCAGAAGAAAGGGGUGCCCUCUGUCGCGAACAAGGACUCGACGGUGUCAGGUUUUGGGAGAACUUUUUUGCGGAAAUUCCUGUCAAGCUGCCGAAGCUGUCUUAA